ACAUUGUAUACUACAAUACCCACAAUGCAUCGUAUUCCCUAACGAAUUUCCGGCUGUACAACAGUGAAAUAAUCCGUCAAGAAAAAUACGAUCAAGAAAGGGUGGAAUGGCAACAAUGAUUGAAGAAAAUGGUCCAUCAACUCAUGGGUGGGGCGAACUGUCAUCUUACUCCUCCAGAGCACGUCAGAAGCUGGAGAGCCUGCUGAACAAAAACAUGAGAAUCAGAAUGACAGACGGACGAACACUGGUGGGACUGUUCCUGUGCACAGACAGAGACUGCAACGUCAUCCUGGGGUCCGCUCAGGAGUUCCUCAAAUCCUCAGACUCCUUCUCCCAGGGUGAGCCCAGAGUGCUGGGGUUAGCCAUGAUUCCCGGCCACCACGUGGUCUCUAUCGAGGUGGAAUCAGACAGCCUGGUCGGCACACAGGGGUUCGGGUCCAGCCACUGAGGAACAAGAUCAGCUCGCCCAAAGCUGGAGGAGACGAACUAACAUCCUGGCUAGCCAGGUCUAUGUCUCAGCAGCCUAGAAGACGUUACAGUUACAGACUUGAAAUUGAGAAUUCAAUCAAAGGAUAAUUCCAGAUGCAGCUGAUCUCUGCUACCAGUGUAUUUGGUUUAGCAGGCAGCCAUGGUGUGUGUGAGGUCUAACCAGGCAUUCUCAGUGACAUUACAGUGUGUGUGUAUUAAGUUAAUAUACUGAGUACAACAGAUGUUUAUUCAAGGAGGGGCGUGGACUGAGCCAGGCUGUACAGUAUAUGUGUUUGUAUGGAACCGCUGUUUAAUUGUGUGGAAUAUGGAUACAUGUUUUCCAAUACAUUCCAGUAUCUAAACCUGUCUGAUCUGUUAAUGAAGAAUGAUGCAGACUGUCCUUAUAUACUGGUAGUGCAGCAGUUACAGAUGGUCCAGAGCAUGACUAGCUAAAGUUCAUGACUUACUUGACUUAAACACCUCAACUAGCCUGUACCCCUGCACACUGACUCAGUACCGGUGACCCCUGUAUAUAGCAUCAUUAUUCUUGUGUUACUUUUUAUUUUAGCCUACUUGGUAAAUAUUUUCUUCUUCUUGAACUGCACUGUUGGUUAAGGGCUUGUAAGCAUUUCACAGUAAAGUCUCCACUUGUGAAUGUGGAAAAUAAAGUUUGAUUUGAUUAAA